AGUAGAUAAUGAUAAUCUAGUCUAGUGACUAGUCUAGUGAGUCUAAGUCUAAGUCUAGUCUACUUUUUAAACUUUUUAUGUUUGGUCUGUCAGGCAGUACACUAAACUACAGUCUACUGACUACACUACUGUGUCUAGAGCAUUCACUGACACUUGAAAAUGAGGCUAGUUAUUCAUGAUAACUAUGACCAAGUCUCAGAAUGGGCAGCAAAAUAUGUCAGAAAAUGUAUCAUAAACUUCAAAGCCGGUCCUGAAAAGUAUUUUACUUUGGGUCUUCCAACAGGUAGUACUCCACUAGGCAUGUAUAAAAAGCUGAUAGAGUUCCAUCGAGCUGGUAAACUAUCAUUCAAGUAUGUGAAAACAUUCAACAUGGAUGAGUAUGUUGCUCUGCCCAGAGAGCAUCCUGAAAGUUACCACUCUUUUAUGUGGGAGAACUUUUUCAAGCACAUCGACAUUGAACCAGAAAAUGCUCAUCUGCUGAACGGAAAUGCUGAAGACUUGGAGAAAGAGUGCCAAGAGUAUGAACAAAGGAUCAAAGAAGCGGGUGGAAUAAGACUGUUUAUUGGUGGGAUUGGUCCAGAUGGCCACAUUGCUUUCAAUGAACCAGGUUCUAGCUUAGUCUCUCGCACUAGAGUUAAAACUCUUGCUCAAGAAACCAUUUUGGCCAACGCCCGUUUCUUUGGUAAUGAUCUGAAAAAGGUACCAACCCAAGCUUUAACUGUUGGAGUUGGAACGGUGAUGGAUGCUGAUGAGGUCAUGAUUUUGAUAACUGGAGCUCACAAAGCGUUUGCCCUGCACAAGGCGAUUGAAGAAGGUGUUAACCACAUGUGGACAGUCUCUGCCUUCCAGCAGCAUCCACAUGCCAUUUUCCUCUGCGACGAGGAUGCCACAAUGGAACUGCGUGUGAGAACUGUGAAAUACUUCAAAGGACUGAUGCAGAUUCACAAUAAACUUGUGGAAGAACCAGAUCUUAUAAAAGUUGAUUAGAAUUCUGUUUCAAGAGGAGCUAUGAAUCUUGUAAAACACUCGACACAUUCUUUUAUUGUUACCUAAAGUCAAAUUUUCAUAUAUUUCAGCUGUUAACUGAUGUGGUAAAAAAAAACCACAUAUCAACAGUACGAGAAUAAGUCAUGAUUUUCAUUUCAUUCUGCUAAAUAAACAAUGAAUGAUGCAUUUCUAAAAUAAAGUGUACAGCUAUACUCUGCUGAUGAAAUUUUAGCAUUUGAUGUAAAUCUACAAACCUUUUCAUUCCUUCAAAUAAUUUUUUUUUAAUCAUUUGUUUGAUGUAGAUCCUUCUUUUAACAUCUUAUUGAGAAAUUUAAAAAGUUUGAUAAUUGUUAAUGCACUGAUUGCAAAGUGUUUCCUACUUCUGUUGAAUUCUUGCCCUCAAAUGAAAUCAGGGCAUACUGAAUAGCACUGCAAUUAAUUUAUUUUUGUUUAGUGUAAUUUUGAAACAAAAUCAAAAUUUCUAGAUUAUAAUUUGAUACUUGUAAAAAAAUGAUUUAGAUAUUUUUUUUACUAGUUUUUAAAAAAAUAUUGAUUGGAAUAGAUUUGUUUUUUUAGCAGUUACUUGUACAUUCCAUAUUUGUUUCAUACAAUAGUUUUGAUCUUUUUAAUAUUAUUAUGUGGUUUAAAGUCACAAAGAUGUUAACAACUGAACAAGCUCUCAAGUUUAUCACUCAUCAAUAGAUCUGUGAACACAUUUUUUCUUUUACACCACAAUAUUGUAAAGUCAAUAUAUCUUUAAAAUAAAAAUGUUUGAAUUCGCUUUAAUACAUCAGCAUAAUAUUUUUGCUAUCUCAUGCAUUUAAAUAAAUGUACAUGAUAAACAUCAAGUCAAUGAGCAUAAAGGAAAUGAAGCUCUUGUAAAGUUCUAAUGUUUUCACAGCUCUUUAUUGUUUUUCCCUUUUUUUUUCCCCCCCUUCACCCCCAUUUUUGUAUCAACGUCACCACUUUCUUUUUUAUAUUAUAAUGCAUGAUAAAUGUCUCCAUGGUAACAGAUUAUAAGAAGUAUCCAGUGAGCGUGAUCUAGUCCUUAUAACCUGUGUGAAUGUGAUGUCAAAGUAGAUUCUUAUAUUUUGAAACAUUACACCUCAGCAAGCUGAAUAAUUGUCACUGAAGUAAAAAAAAGUCAUCUAGUCUUUUAUUUCACUGAAAUUAAACAUAGUCUUUCCAAA